UUCAGAAAUUUUUUCUCGGAUCACUUUUGCGGUAUGAGGCUUGACGUUAUCCUGCAAGAGUAUCACUUUCUUCCGAUCGAUCAAAGAAUGCUGUUUCUGGAUGCGUGCUGCUUGUACUCGUUGAAGCUGCUCACAAUACAAGUUAUCAGUGAUGGUUUGACCCCUUUCCAAAAACUCAUUAUGGACAAUUCCAGUUGCUGUCCGCCAAACACACAACAAAACCUUGUUUGGGUGCAAGGAAGCCUUGGGCGUGGGUAGUACCGAAUCAGAAGGCGACAACCAAAGAUACGGACGCUCAGAAUUCGUAUGCAAGAUCCGUUUUACGUCGCAGGUUAAUAACCGAUUAAGAAAUGGUUCAUCAGCGUUGCGUGAAAUAUUUGCUGAAUAAACGGUAAGACGGCUUAACUUCUGAUGACGAUGCAAACGAAUAGUUUUAGGACUCACUCUGAACAUUUCUGCAAGUUCUUGGCACGUUGUCCUGGAAUUUGCAUCCUUAACCUUUCGAAGAUCCUCGUUGUUCAUGAUUUUUGGUCUCCCUGAGCGC